CGAACAGUAGACCAUCGCCCUGAGAGACAGUCGUGGGUGUCGGUGUGGCGUUCUGAAUCCGCGGAAGGUUGAAUCUUGAAGGGAAGGAAAAAAAAUCGCGCCAAUUAAUAAGUAAAAUUGAUUCGCGGUGAGAAGCAGAGUUAGGGAGUAAGAAAGCCGUUAGCACCAGUGGGUAAAGCAAGAUAUCGAAAUUUCCUCAAUCCCGAGAGUUUUCGCGUUGCGGUAAUCGUAUUGAUCUCUGGCGACAGCGUCGCGCAAAACUCCGGACGACGCGCGCGCGUCUCGGCUCCUUUUUCGCCGCUCAGCGCUGGAACCUGGCACUGCUCAAGGAAUUUAAAUGUGCAGCACGAGAGGAAAUGGGGCCUGCGGAGGCGUAUCGUUACCUCAUCGAGGAGAUAUCAGAUCCAAGGGUGGCUGAUUGGCCUUUGAUGUCUAGUCCAUUUCCGGUUGCAACGAUACUCGUCUCCUAUCUUUUCUUCAUUCUUUACCUCGGCCCUAAGUACAUGGAAAAACGUCAGCCGUAUUCUCUCCACAAUGUCAUGAUAUUCUACAACGUUUUCGUAGCUCUUGCGAGUGCUGCGGUUUUUUAUGGACUCCUAACGUCCGGCUUUACAACGAACCUAUCGUGGGGAUGUGAACCCCCCGAUUACUCACUAAAUUCCGAGUCCAUGAGCAUGGCGAGAUGGGUAUGGUGGCUGCUGUUAUUGAAGAUGUGCGAGCUUGGCGAUACUGUUAUAUUCAUACUUCGCAAGAAAUACAAACAGUCAUCUUUUCUGCACAUUUAUCAUCACGUGACAACCGUUAGCCUUGCCUGGAUCGCCUGCAAAUAUGCGCCAGGUGGCAUGUGGACGUUCAUCAUGAUGCCCAAUUGCAUCGUUCAUGUGAUCAUGUAUACUUAUUAUUUAUUAGCUUGCCUAGGGCCGAAUAUGCAAAAGAGAAUUUGGCGAUGGAAACCGUAUUUAACGAUGCUUCAAUUGAUUCAAUUCGUCGUGAUGGUUUUGCACACAGCUCAAGCACUGAUGCCUUCGUGCGAGCCAAGUCGCAAGCCUCUGGCCUACAUUUACAUGUUUCACGUAAUCGUGAUAUUCUACAUGUUUUGGGACUAUUACAAAAAAUCAUACACCACCAAAAAGCAACAGUGAAAACCAGUGAUGGCCUCAACUUCAGCCUCGUUUUGUACUUUUUAUUCAUCGCUAAAGUCACCGCUGCAACGAAUACAGCAGACUGAUCGAUAACAUUUGUAGUUGGAACGAUUAACCUACGUUUUUGUGCGUUACUUCCGUUCUUUUAUCUUCCGAAUAUAGAAAUUUGCGGUGCGCGACCGUUUAUUAUAACUUUAAAGUAAAAUUCUUCCUCGUGUCGUUAUUUUACAAUUGUUACUCAACGUUUAUUUCUAAUUGAAAAUAUUAAAUUUGUCGUUUUUGUUAAGUUUGUAUUGUAUUAUUUCGUCACGAAGCUCGUUUCUCGUUUUACAAUGUGACUUAUUCGUUUUUCGAUAUAAUCAUCAAGAUUUUUUGUACUUAUUUAUUUUGAAUUUCAUUGCUACAUCAGCAUUAGUAGAUCAUGCUUAAUAAUAAAAUCAUUUGUCGCUCCGCACAUCCGGAAAAAAGACUUAAUUGGGUAGAAUUAAAAUGAUAUGGAAGUAAUAUUUUAACAGUUAUUGUCAAAUAAACUUCGUUGGAUUAUCGAUCAUUUUUAUUUUCUCGUCUCCAAACUUAUUUUUAUUUGACGAAGAAAAAUAUUACAUUGAUCUGUUCAUAGGCCUUUCGUGCCUGGGAAGAAAAAUUGAAAAUUUCGUUAAAUCGACUGCCUGUCCAGUUGAGAAAAACCAAAUAUACAUAAGAGAUUUUUAAUACGUCGAAAAAAAAGAAAUAUUUUGUUAUUUGUAUCGAAAAUGAAUCGAGAUUUAAUUCGACAAUCAGAUAUUGUUUGAUCAUCCCGGUGAUGAGUACUAUAAACGAUUAUGCGAGUUCACGAUCCUCUUUUAUUCUACUUCCAUACGCGACUGUCCACAUAUCGUUGGGUUAAAACCAACAUUUCGUAUCAGAAAAUCCAGUAAAUAUAUUUAAGAAUGUUAGGCCUUAAAUAUAAAUACAGAAAACUAUGGGAAUAAAUAUUCAUUCUCAAGGUCGACCGGAAAUACACGUUGAUUCAUUAUUUUAAGGUAGUUGUCUCGCUGCAGUCUUGUUACGAAGUCCACUUUUCAGUCGAUGUACGAAACAGCUUCGAUAAUUUGUGAAAUAUCCUAAUAAAGUUAGACGUUACAUCUUAUGAAUUAUUUAUGCAAAACCUUAUAAAGGGAUGAAGAAAGUGCUGAUUAAAAGGUUCAGAGUUCCCGAAUCAACAUAUAAAUUCCAAUAUUCCCGAUUACUCGGUGAUUUUUCAUUGCUGUCUUCAAACUCGGAUGAGUGAAAUUCUGAUUUUAUUUCGUCAACUUUGCGUCGUUAUUAUAUUACAUUUGAUGAUUGUCUAGGGAAAAAAAAUCUCGUUGCCGGACCUCUAGAACUUGCAUUUCUAACAAGAAACUAAAGAGACAGUGCGAAGAGUUGAUCAUAAUGAAUUCAGAUACGAACCGAGAAUUUUUCCUCAAUUUCUCAAGUAAUCGCAUAGCAACGACCCCUGAACAUGGAACGACUUCGAAGGAAAACAUCGCAUCGGCGAGACAACUAUCUCGAGGCAAAAUAUGAAUAUUUUAUUCUGACAAAAUGGGUCUGCAGAUACUUCAAUAAAUUGAAAAAACAAUCGUCGACGAUUGAGAGGUUACGAAAUAAAAACUAUUUGAUUUUCUUUCAUUCGGCACUGAAUCGAGGCUAUUCGUUUUAACGUUAAUACGAUAAGACCCUCGAGCCAGGUCCUAAGCCCUCCGAUAACGAACGAAUGAGAAGAGGUUGAGAGGAAGCUACUCUGCCUUUUCAACUUGAGCCAGCAUUCGCCUGUCUCUGAUACCAAGCACUUUGCAAACUUUUGUGUGUCAACGAUAAUUCGUUUUUCCCCAGCUCGUGGCUUUUUUAUUUUCAAGUAUAGACAAAAAGCAUAAACGAACACUCUUUUAAGGUACAACUGCCAGGCUGUUUUUUUAUUUUGUCGAUUCAUAUGGAAUAUCUGUAUGUCAAUGACCAUUUUCGUACAGCGGGGGCGGCUUCUCUGCUAUACCGUUAAUACCGAAAUCAUGUGAAGUACAGAAAAUUAUAAAAAUUAAUUUCUCACAUUGAUGUCGAUAAAUAUAUGACUGUUAUGAAAAUUAGGAUUGGUGUUAUCAGAAAAAUGAGCGUUUUCGUAAUAAUGACAGCAAGAGAGAACUGCGAGACCUAAUUAUCGUUAUUCUGCAACGACCUCAACCGACCUCAACGUUUGUCACUUGGAAAAUUGAUAUUGUUACAACGAGAUAAAUGUAAUUUAAAACUGAGAGGGAGAGAGAAUUAUUAAUAGUCCGUCUUAUUAGGGAAGUCUUUGGAGUUAUUUGGGGAGUUACAUUUUAUCGCUACGUGCAAAUUAUACAUACAAAAAUCACGAAUUAUUAACGGUCCAGUAGAAACAAUUUUCAUACUGAAAAAGAUUUUGAGUUUUCUUUCUCCAAACCUCGUUUUCCAGUGAUUGGAUUCUCCUCGAUGUCACCGUUUUUAUUCUAACGUUUUGACCUAAUAUUACUUUCCACUUCGUUUCAUUAGUUCGACUAUGGAUAUUAAGCAAAAUUUCGAGACCGUUAACAAUCUUUUAGCUUGCAAUGCAAUCCUUCAAUACAGCUUUCUGUUAUUUUCCAUUAUUUGUCGGUGAAGCAGCUCGAGAUAGGUCACACGACAAACUGAACAUUUGAUGCACCUUUGACAUGUCAAUUUUCGCGGUGAAAGAUAUUUUUUUAUUCUUCUCGUAUCCAGGAUUAACCUAAAGCGUAUGGAAUUUGAAUCCAUAGUUUUGAAGAAUACUUGAAAAAUAUUUGGAAUACGAGAAAAGAAUGGAAUGCGUCAAUGUGUGACGUUCGAAAAAUUUCAAAUGGCGAUUAAAUGCAUUCGAAUUUACAAAAGAUCGCGUUCUUUUAAAAUCCGAAUGCUGAUUUCGUAUGCGACGUUACGUUCGAAAGUUUAAACCCAUUUUUGAAUGUGAGCAACCACCGGUAUUGUCAUCGUCAUUAGUGACAGCUGUAAAUUUAAGGAAACGGGUUAAAUUUUUUCACUCGUAAAUGCAAUACCUCGAAACUACGUUCAUCAACUUCGUAUGUCUUUUUUUUAUUGUCACCGCUUCAGCUUGAGACCGAAAUUCUCAUCAGAAAAAAAUUAUUCCCUAAGAGAAUUGGCUGAAAUGUAAUGAAAAUAAUAAAUACGUAAUAAUGUUAAUUAAA